AUGCUCCCCAAUCGCAAAGUACUUGACAGCACGGCCUUCCCGCAUGUAUUUGAGCGCAUCAUCGACCUCGCGCCGUUCGAGGUACUCCUCACUCUCCGCUUCGUAUCCAGAGCGACACGGACGCGCGUCGACAAGCUCCUUUGGAGGCAUGUGGCUAUGGGAACACCGGGCAAUUGGGACUGCUGCGAUCUCACCGAGCCGUUUCCGCCUUACAACUCGCUGCCUCGAGAGGAGCGGGAGGGACCCAUGUUCGGCGAUCCUGUGCUGGACGAGAACUGGGUCCCAGACACCGUUCCGGCGGGUAUACCCAUCAACCGCAUCAACUGGGAGAAGGAGACGGAGCGCCGGCGCAGAGUUCGUCUCGAUUGGGGUGUGCGGAACGAUAUUCGCGUAGUUGACAACUUUGGGGGCAACGAGAACACGGCGUUCGAUUUCCCCGACGCUGUGGUGCGCUACAUCUGGCCGACCUUCGAUAUCGGUACCGCCAAGUCGUUCGUAUACUAUAUCCGCCUGCCGCAGACCCUCAUCUCCCACCUCCACUUCCACAUGCCAAGCAGUCUUCUCGCCGAGCGCGUUAUCUUCCGCUCGCUCGUUGACAUUCCCGUGAUAGAGGAGAGACUCUUCUCGUGGGUGCCCUUGUGCAUGAACCACCGCCCCCGCGACGCUCUCAACCUCAAGAUGAAGUCGCUCGCCUACGUGUUCGAAGUCUUCAAGGAUGGACCCGGACGCAAGGUUGAGGAGGAGAAGCUUGCGGGUGCGAUCAAGGGCCUUGAUGUCGCCGUGGGCGCCGUCCUCUCGCUCGGGCUCAAGGUCACCAUCGCAGGCCUUGAGCGUAUCCCCCUCCACGCACUCGGGUUUGCGCCGACCACUAGCCACGAGAGCGUGUGCGACGUUAUCCGCUCUGCCGUGGCGGAAAGCGCACGCAAGCACCUCGCCAUUUAUGCUGAUGACGACCCAACCCUCAUUCCAACCUUCGAUGAGGCGAUGACCGGCUUCACCAUCUGCACAUUUGAGGAGUGGGCGGCGACCGCCGAUCCUGCAGAGGUCGCCAAGCCCGACAUCGACCCCAAUUUCCUCGGCAACCCCACGUACGUCGAGUCGCAUGUUGCACCCCAACUCCCAUUCAACCCCAUGGGCCCUAGGGACAACGGCGUUUACGGCCACGACCCUUCCGACAGCGACUUUUCCGACAACGACAUGGCCUUUGAUGGCGGGUUCCUCGACGACGACGACUUUGACGAGGUCUGGGAAGAUGACGAGGACGAGGACGGCUUCCCGGGCGUCAUUAACAUCAUUGGUAGCUAA